CAGAUGGCGGUGAGUCGAUUGACGACGGGGGUCCGGUCUGAUUCGCGCCUCCGUGUCAGCCUUCCCACUCCACCGACAACGAACGCACUCACCGACGGUUUCAGGCGAAGUGCAUGGGGGAGAGCAGACAAUGAGGGCAUGCAGCUGCUUACAGCGGCUGCGCAGCAGAGGUGAAAGGAGGAAGGAAAGGCACGGACCGGGAGCUCUGGAUGUGGCCUGGCGGAGGCGCUGCGCACUGCGCAUGCCUCUCCCUGUUCGCGAAGACGGACGCCUGCUGCGCGCGGCUCUGGGACGAUGACGACAGUUUCGGGCCCGAUCUCAGAUCGGGUGGCGCGCCCCCUCAAACAGCCGGCGGGGAGGCUGCCCUCAUUCGCCCGCUAUUAAUAGCUUCCCGCAGUGGCUGCCUCUCGUCCGCAUGCGGACAGGAGACGGAGACUCUGGUGAGACUCUGGACACCACGCAGGCGGUCAGACGGUCACUACGCUCUCAGCGUUCAUCUAAAUCUGACAAGGGACGACGGGCGUACAGCAGUUUCCAGCAGCGCACGUUCCAUGUCGACACGACUGACACCGCGGCACGUCGCGGACGGACCGCUCGACACCAUGCUGACCGAGGACGUCCGUCUGCGCCAUGACAGUAGCGACGAGUCUGUAAGCACGCUGACCAUUCGUUUAUCUGUAGGCAGACACACCGAUUCAGUCGUUAAAUGCGCAUAUAGCGUUCGCCUCUCCCAAUUCAACCCAAAGUCAACCUUAGAUACCAAGCUUAGCACGGUGAUACGCAGGCACGAGGAUGCGGAGAAAUGCCGUGUGCUCGGGCAACGCGACCGCCUUCGCGUGAGAGAGGGGCAUAUGUACUGAGGCCUUGAGGGUUCGAGGGAGAAACGGGGCGCGGCCUUCC